CACAAUCAGAACAUUUUCGAUGUGAUGUGCAAAUCCCACAACAGACGAGAUCACAUACUAUCAUGGUGGAUUGAUUAUCCUCUUGCUAUAAUCAUGAAUUACAGAAGUAGAAAAAGUACAAGUAGAACAGCCCAUUCUCAUUGACCACAACUUAAGCAAGGUGUUGUCAUGUGAAGUAAAUGAACCAACGGUCAUGAAUACAUGCUUGUGGAGCCUCUAAGCCAUCUUAUGUAGUACACAUGGCUAUAAAAAACCAGCCUCAAGCCACUGUUUCCUCUUCAUCCAAUAACCCAACAGUAGAGUCCCUUAUUCAAUGGAGAGUAAAAGAAUCCAAAUGAUAACCGGGCUUAUGCUGCUAACGGCAAUGCUUAGUGUUCGUUCGGUCACCUCUCAUUUUCCACCAGGAACCUGCAUUCAGCAUUGUCUGGCAGAAUGCACACUUAGCGGUAUUGAUGCUGCCAUCUGCACCAAAUACUGUCCAGUCCGUUGCCUUUCUCAACAAAUUUCAACUAAACAGCAUUACUGUAAUCUCGGAUGCAUGCUCAAUACUUGCGCCGAGUUUACUAAAGAUGAGAAGGCCAUGAGUGACUGCGUGUCCAAGUGCAAUAAAACCAAAUGCAAAAUCGGUGUCUGAGAAGAUCUUCAUUUACCCUCAUUCAGCUUGCAGAAUAAAUUUGGCUUCCAAUAAUGGUUCUUUUGAUCUGUAUCACAUGUGUACUGUUUGUUACCUAUUUUUCUCUAUAGAGAAAUCAUCAGUUGUCACUGAUUUUCCAUUGUAUGACUGCAAAAUGAAAACAUUCACCAAUAAUCAUUGCAAGAACAGGUUCCCUCAUUAAAAUGAUGAAAACGGUUAGCAUCCCUUACUACAAUCACCUUACGGACAAGUUUCGAAGCAAAUUUCAUAAAAUUAUGACAGUCCAAACAGAUCCUAAUGUUCUUGAUUAUCUUAAUAACAUCACCGUUGCGAUUAGAAUUACCAGCACUCGUCAAGGAGAAAACCAAUGCCAGCUUUUCACUGUGUUGAUAAAGCUGCUCCUCUUUAUGCUCUUCCUCUACAUCAAACAACACCAAACUCGUCUCGGGAGCAUACCCAAUUUUCCUCAAAUCUCUCAACAAAACCUCCAUGUUUGCACGAAUUUCUCGAAUCUGUGGGUGCCGAUGGCCCCCACAAGCAAAUUCAUGGACUCGAUGGCCCACCUCUGUCCAGCUCAAACCCGGUUCCUUUCUAACCCCAAUACGAUCCAUUUUUAUUCGCAAGGAACCACCUUCAUCAUAGUUUCUAAACAAGCAAUAAAUAUUCGAAGCCAAAACAUACCCCAGUGAGUUUUCCGGAUCCAAUUCCUUCAAGUUUGAAGAUGCAAGGCUGGCUGCCCUCGCGUCCCCAUAUUUACGACAUGCACCAAGGAACGCACUCCAGAUGACAUAAUCCGGCCUCAUAGGCAUUUCCCUUAUAAUUCUUUCGGCCUCCGAAACAUGUCCAGCCCGGCCGAGAAUAUCGACCAUGCAUGCAUAGUGGUCGAGCUGUGGAACUACACCGUAGUUACGUUUCAUAGCAUCAAAUAAAUUCUUUCCUUGUUUUACCAUACCCGCAUGGCUGCAUGACGAGAGUAGGGCAACGAACGUGGUCCCAUCGGGACCAACGUCCAUUUCUCGAAAACUAUCAAGCGCCUUUUCAGCCUUACCAUGCACUGCAUAGGCCUUCAGUAUUGAGUUCCAAGAAACUAUGUCCCUUUUCGGCAUUUCACCAAACACUUUCUCCGCACAAUAUAUCGAACCACAUCUAGAGUAGGCAUGAAUUAAAGCAUUGCCCAGCUCUAUUACAUUAGUAAAACCUGUAAUAAUCACUUGACAAUGGAAUGAAGAGGUGGUCCUUCCGGUCACCAAGUUCGCACAAGCUUUUAGCAUUACUGAAAAAACAUAACAAUCUGGGCUUAAAUCUUCGCGACGCAUCUGACUGAAAAAGAUGAGGGCUUGCUGAGGUUCCCAUUCGGCACAAGCCGUCAUAAUUCCAGUCCACAGAACAAUAUCGCGGUCAAUACCACUCGUCUCCAUGAACAACUUAAGACAACCACUAAAUUCGCUAGCGAGAGCAGAAUAGCCUUUGAUCAGAGCAGUUUUGACCCCAACAUCCAGGACCAAGCCAGUCUUAAUACCACAAGAAUGCAGUUGCAAACAACACGUAAGCCCCACAAUCCGAUCACCACCUUCAUUUGAUCCACAUAACGAAGAAACCAAAGCCAAUAAUGUAGCACGAUCGAACUUGACCCCAUCAUGAUGCAUUCUUAUGAAUAAAUCCAUUGCUCUAUCACCUUUUCCAUGCAUCCCGAGCCCUGAAAUCAUUGAAUUGUAAGUAACAAGAUUACAGUAACCCAUUGACUCAAACACCCUCCAAGCUUCCGAACCAGAAUCACGACUGUUCUUCCAGUACAUGGCCACGAGAGAAUUAGCAACGUAAAUCCAAGAACCAAAACCGGUUUUUAGAAUGAGCCCGUGAACUUGCAGGCCACGCGGGCGGUCGCACACCGACAACACACUCGCAUAAGCAAAAUCGUUGGGCCUGAAAUGGAAUAUCAUCUGACCAAACAAGCGGAAGCACUGAUCGGACUUCCCAUGCUGAGCAUAGCCCGAAAUGAGGACCGUCCAAGAAACUGCGUUUCUCUGAGGCAUUUUGUCGAACAUUUUGUUGGCCAGAUGCAGCUGGCCGCUUUUGGCUUGGCUGUUAAUGUAAUUGUUGGUGGUGAAGAGGUCCGCCGGAGGUGGAGUGUAGGAGACGGCGGUCAUGGUGUGGUUGUAGCGGCGGAUGAGCUGAGAGAGAGUGAGAUGGAGCCGACAUGUUCUGUUGACCAGCAACGUGAGACCGGUUUUCAUGGCGUGCCUGAGAAACUUGGUCUACGAAAGUCUUUAACCGCCAUUUUUUUAAGUUCAAAUAGACCUACAAAAAGGAACGUAUACUACGUAUUGAUGUUUGUCAACUUGCCAUCAAUCGUCUUUCCAAAUCAUUU